AUGCCCGGCACCUCGGAUUUCUCCUCUCACAAUCAUCACCAUCACCUUUACACUAGCCCGUUGAAGGAUAACUAUCGCGAUGACCGUUUCGGCGAAUGGAUACCUGCCCAAACGAAGAUAGUGUGCUUUGUAGUGUCCUUGAUUUUGGGCUACUAUAUUUUCAAGUACCUUGACCUCAUUGUUUCCACCCUCCUCCAAACUGUUUGGAACAUCAUCGUCUUCAUUACUCCAUCACGCAUCAUUUUUGCUUUAGAUAAGGGAGCAGCUUUUGACGAGGAUACUGAGUUGGCCGCAACCUCGUUGACACGUGAAGCUCUACACUCCGCAAAAAGCGUUGCAAUGCAGAGAAUCCUGGGUUUGGAUGCGAAUUCGUUGCUCACAACACUUCCGCGGGGAAGGAGCCUCUCGGGAAUCGGGCAAGCCUUUUUGGGCCUCAAGGAGCCUUGCCCUCCAGGACUUGGCAAUUGGGAUAACUCGUGCUAUCAAAAUAGUAUAAUCCAGGGAUUCGCUUCGCUUCGUGCAUUGGAUAAGUUUUUGGAAGAAAACCUUCGCGAAUUAGGGGACCGUGAUCCCUUUUAUACUCAUCUUGCGCUAAAAGAAAUCAUCGACAAACUGAAUAGCCCCUCAUAUGGAGGUCGAAAGCAAUGGACGCCUCCGGAACUGAAGUCAAUGAGCAGUUGGCAACAACAAGAUGCGCAAGAAUACUUUUCGAAAGUGAUUGACCAGGUAGACAAAGAAAUUCGCCGUGCUUCUAAGGGCUUAACAAGCGAUGUGGGACUUAGAUUUGUUGAUGCGGAGCGCAAUAACCACAGGGGUGGUCCCGUUCCAGCAUAUGAAACAAGACAGAUCAACGAUGAACACAAGCCCUCUAGGGAUGGAGAGUACAAACGCAGUACUCUCCUCAACCCGCUUGAGGGUCUCCUUGCUCAACGCGUUGGAUUGUCCCUGGGCUCUAACUGGGAGUACGAUAUUCGAGAAUGCUUGGACGAAUAUACCACUUUGGAGGCUAUUGAGGGUGUUGAAUGCGCUAAAUGUACACUUCUACGAACUGAAGGUCAGCUGGGGCAGCUGUUGCAACAGAUUGAUUCGGAUGCGGAGCUCGAAGAGGGAGCCAGCACACCUCAGUUGACGGAAGCUUUACGAAAUUCCGCGGAAACAAGAUUAAAGGUUGUCCAGAAAGACUACUUGAGAAAGAUGACUUCUCUGAAAAGACAUUAUCUGAGACGUGCCAUAUUCCCGCGCGGAAUCGUGUCUCGUCCACCAAAUCAAGACAAGCAGUCAUUGCAAGAGCACCAAAGUCCCUUGUUAUCCACAAAGUAUUCAGUCGAGUCAUUCCCGGCCACUGUUCCACAAGCUGUCAUAGAUGCGGAUGGGGAGAAGGAGGUCACAGAGCGCUGGUUCAGGCUCAGUGAUGAAGAUGGCGGUGUAUUCAUGUUGUUUUACGAGUGUGUCGAGCAACCGCGUUAUGCACCAACUGGAUCUGUGGAUGAGAAACAACCUGGGCAAGAAGAUAUCUCCCUCAAGGAAAUUUCGUCCAAUUCUCAAGGAGAAGAAGGCGGAAUCCUAUGCUCGGCCUGCCCCAACUAUGAAGACGGCCGCGACGCCAUUUGA